AGUAUGCUGAAAGCCGCGUGCCUAACUCAUCACUCUCUACUGAAUAAUGGGAAGAGCAUUGGUGAUAGAAUACUCUGACCAAUAAAGAUGAUAUAUAUAUGUUGCCCUCCUCCGUUAUUACCGUAUUCCCUACUUUUGCACCCACUCCUCCAAUGCUUACUGCUGACGAAGAGCUAGCCGGUUUGGUAGCCUCCUAGGCUACAUAACCUGCACGACACAUGCCUCCUGCAUCGGAUUCCCCACCGAAUGUUUCGACGGCAAGGCAACCCUUCACACCGUGCAACAGGGAAAGUGCGCAGAACUGUCGUACGCCGGCAUGUUCACAGCGGAGCUAGAACGGCUAGUUGGUAAGGAGGUGGAGCAGAAAGGGUUUGAUCAUAUAAGGACUGGUAUUGUGGCAGGAAGUAGUAUUCCGAAGGAAUUCAUGAAGAGGUUUCAUAGAGAGUUGGACCUGACAGUUGAGUAUGCGAUCCCCAAGUGCUGAAGGUGUGUGUGUGGGGAAGGGAAGACUAUUGAAGUCCUGGGCUGGGGUGGGAGUGUAGCUAUCUGUUAUGGGUGGGUGAAAGACGUGAUCUUAUGGGUGGUUGUAUAAUGGCUAAUGGCGUUCAUAGAAUGACUGAAACUUCACCGGUUUCUGCAGUGACUACCACUGAUGACCCGCUCGAGAAAUGAGCCAAUAGUGUUGGCAGGUUAACGCCGUACGUAGAGUGCGUCCCCUCCUCUCCUCACACCCUCUUUAGGCCGGUGCUCGUAAAUAGAACCAAAGUAGGCUCUGCCACCGAGCGCACCAAGACCCUCUCCGCAGGCGAACUCAGUGAACUACCGGUAUCUGGAUACCUCCUGCAGAAGGGCUACUGGAACGACCCAAUCGGUACGGCGGGAGUCAGGACUAAAAAUGAGAACGGGAAGUUGUGGAUGCAUGCAGGUGGUUUCGCAGCCACCUCUACUGCUUUCUCCCUCCUUUCAUAGAGCUGAUCGAUCGGAUUAGGUUGGGUAGACCGGAGAAAAAGCAGAAUUGGAUGAGAACGGGUGUGUCAAGAUUACUGGGAGAUUAGGAGGUCUAAUCAUGCGGGGUGGGAAAAACAUUGUGGGUCCUCUGGAA